UGCCGGAAAGGACUCUCCACCCCCAUCAGCGCCGACACUUGGGAAGGGGGGUGUUCAAAGCCAGAGGUGAAACCCAAGCGAUGCGGGAAGCUGCUGCUUCCCUGCCUCAGUUUCCCCUCUGCGUGCAUCCGGGUCCGUCACUCCCAGCCGUGCAUUGGUCGGGGGUUCUCCGAGGCCCGGGGCCACUCCAGCGCCUGGGGAGACCGAAGGUGAGGCCCUGAGGGGUGAAGGCUCGGUCCGUCGCCGGCCGGGGGCGGGGCCGCGGGGCCCGCGCUCACAGAUCCCCGCCCGCCGGUUUCCUCCGGGGUCAGCCCGGCUCCUUAUCAGGCGCGGCCAGUCGGCCAGGCCCUUAUCUGUGCCGGUCCAGCAUCCUCCGGCGCGGCCGGGGGUGAGAGGGAGGAAACUGGGCCGCCGGGGGCGGGGAGAGGGCGGGCCGGCCAGGAGCAGCUCACUUUCCCUCGAGGGAUCCACGCCGCCGUCGCCGCGGCCUUUGGGAGCCCGGGAAGAGGCGCGGCCCCGACGCUGCUGCCGGGAGGGGGCGGCAAGCUCCCGGCGGCCCCGACCGCCGCCGAGGCCGCAUCCGAUUGGGGCCACGGAACCCGGCCUGGAGCCCUGAAGGACAGAGCCAGGGCACUCACCGGACAGCGGACAGACAGCAGGACCAGCGCCGGGGUGAGCACCCCCUUGGGGUCCAUGUGCCCGCCCCAGGCCCAGGCAGAGGUGGGCCCCACCAUGACUGAGAAGGCUGAAAUGGUGUGUGCCCCCAGCCCAGUGCCUGCUCUGCCCCCCAAGCCCGCCUCGCCUGGGCCCCCGAAAGUGAAGGAGGUUGGCCACCAAAGCUCCUCACCCCCCAGGCUGCCUCCUGGCGUGCCAGUGAUCAGCCUGGGCCACACCAGGCCCCCAGGGGCAGCCGUGGCCACCACGGAGCUGAGUGCCCUGCGGCCCCCGCUGCUGCAGCUCUCUACCCUGGGAACCGCCCCACCACCCCUGGCCCUGCAUUAUCACCCUCACCCUUUCCUCAACAGCCUCUACAUUGGGCCAGCAGGACCUUUUGGCAUCUUCCCUAGCAGCCGGCUGAAGCGGAGACCGAGCCACUGUGAGCUGGAGCUGGCCGAGGGGCACCAGCCCCAGAAGGUGGCCCGGCGUGUAUUCACCAACAGCCGGGAGCGCUGGCGGCAGCAGAACGUGAAUGGUGCCUUCGCAGAGCUCAGGAAGCUGCUGCCAACGCACCCGCCCGACCGGAAGCUGAGCAAGAACGAGGUGCUCCGCUUGGCCAUGAAAUACAUUGGCUUCCUGGUGCGGCUGCUGCGCGACCAGGCGGCAGCUCUGGCCGCAGGCCCCGCCCCGCCCGGGCCCCGCAAACGGCCGGCGCACCGGCCGGCGCACCGAGCCGCACACGACGGCGCCCGCCGCGGGCCUUGUCGCAGGGCCGAGGCCGCGGUGCGCUCGCAGCCCGCGCCCCCGGCCGGCCCCGACGGCAGCCCCGACGGGGCGGCCCGGCCCAUCAAGACGGAACGAGCGGCCGUGAGCCCUGAGGUGCGGUGACCUCCGCGGCGUUGCCUCUGAGCCGAGGGACACCGGGAACUCCGCCCAGGGCGGUCGGGGAAAGGGCAGCCGAUGCCCUGCGCCUGCUCUGGAGCGAACUGCCCCGAAGAGGGACCAGUGAGGACGUCCCCAACGGGGAGAAAGGCCCCGGGGUCCGGAAGGGCGGCUGUCGCCCCCAGGGGUCUUGCAGACCUUUAUAUCUAUAUCACCCGGCACCCCCUGGAAAUGGCCUUUCCCGCAUCUCCCUCCCGGGGCCGGGGGCCGGGGACCAACAUGGCAGCCUGGUCAUCGGA